CCCGCAUCUAUUGCCUGUGUGCGCUCCCUGGGAGCGUGCCGCACCACGUACACAGAUCACUGUAUGGGACCUCUGUUACAGUGUCACCAAGAUGACACUGUACUACUUGUGGGGGGUGACGAAGAUUUUUUUUUUUUUACACUGAUUGCUUUUACACCCAUAAAGGCUGUAAAAGCAAUCAUUUCUCCUUCUCUCUGGCUGCAUUCUUGCAGCCAUUGAGAUCUACUGUGUGAACUGUGAUUGGUCACAGCUUGUCACAUGGUACAAGGCUGUUGUGAAUAGUCUUGUACCAUGUGACCUCUGUGAUCUUUCACAGAU